GAGAGGAAGGCGGCGACGGAAGUGGCUGCACUACUGGCACUCGGGGCGCGUGCGCCAUUCUGCUCCCUGGCUGCGAGUCUUCGGCGACUUCUGCAGCUUUCUCAGCGCGAGGGUCGGGGUCGGGCGCUGCUGCUGCUUUCCUGGCCCCUUCGCGAUGGCGGGUAUCCUGUUUGAGGAUAUUUUCGAUGUGAAAGACAUUGACCCGGAAGGCAAGAAGUUUGACCGAGUAUCUCGACUGCACUGUGAGAGUGAAUCUUUCAAGAUGGACCUCAUCUUAGAUGUAAACAUUCAGAUCUAUCCUGUAGACUUGGGUGACAAGUUCCGGUUGGUUAUAGCUAGUACCUUGUAUGAAGAUGGUACUCUUGAUGAUGGUGAAUACAACCCCACAGACGACAGGCCUUCCAGGGCUGACCAGUUUGAGUAUGUCAUGUAUGGGAAAGUAUACAAGAUCGAGGGCGAUGAAACAUCUACUGAAGCAGCAACACGCCUCUCUGCCUAUGUGUCCUACGGGGGCCUCCUCAUGAGGCUACAGGGUGAUGCCAACAACCUGCACGGCUUUGAGGUGGAUUCCAGAGUUUAUCUACUGAUGAAGAAACUGGCCUUCUGAACCUCGUGGGAAGCCAGCUUCGCUGCUGGGUCGCUCGGGUCAUGGACACUGAAGCCUGAGCAGAAGUUGCUGGGUCCCUGUGGAGGAGGGACUGGCUCUGUUCACGGCGGUGCGUCUUCACCAAGCCUGGACUCAGGGAGAUUGACUUGGCCAAUGGAAGACCCAGUGGGCGCACCGAAAAUGAAUCAGAAGUCAUUUUGUGGAUAUGAUUUUUUUUUAAAUUAAAAUCUCGCUUUUUCAGA